CAUAUGAGCUUUUAAAUAAAAGAAAUAGGCAGUCGGAAACGUUAUCUGCCAUUUCCAAUUCAUUUAAUUAUUGUUUACUAUUGACGUCGUUCACCAAACAACGUGCCGUUAAAAUAUUAAAGUUGAAAAUUGCUAUUUAGUAAGACAAUGUCUUCUAACGAUGAUGAGCUUGCUGACAACCAGCCAGAUGUCUCUGGUGAUGACAGUUUUGAUGACUCUGAUUUAUCGGAUUCAUCUGACGAUGAAGAGGGUUUUCAUUUUGAUGAAGAUGAUACAGGAGAUAUAGAGCAAAAGAAAGAAGUUCCUAAAGAUAUUGAUUUCAAAUAUAUGGUAGUUGGCAUUUGUUGUCAUCCAAAGAAGGAUUUGGUAGCCGUAGGUACAAUUAGUGGUCCAGUCGAUUUAUACUCCUUCAGUCGAGAGAGUACUAACAAAGAAAUCCUUUCAUAUGUACACCAUAAACAUUCUUGUAGGGCAGUUAAAUUUUCUGAAUCCGGUGAACAUUUAUUUACUGCCUCCAAGGAUACCACUAUAUGUGUUGUAGACAUGGAAUCAAAUUCAGUGUACCGUAAGUUUAGCAGAGUGAGUGGACUACCUAUCUAUUCUCUGCUUCCGAUUGAUAAUUACCUUUUAGCAGCAGGAGAAGAUGAAGGUCAAGUGGUGCUUUGGGAUUUCCGAAUGCAAAAUCCUAUUCAAGUAUUUGAAGAUUGUGAGGAUUUUAUCAGUAGCAUGGCGAUGAAGAAAGAAAAAAGGGUCGUACUUGCAGCCAGUGGUGAUGGAAGAAUUGUGUCUUACAAUCUUCGGGCCAUGAAAAUGGAUAAACAGUCCGAAUAUCUUGAUGUUGAGUUGUUAAGUUUGGGAAUUUUUAAAGAUGGAAGUAAAGUUGCUGUUGGAGGAGGUGAUGGAGCUAUAAACAUCUUCAAUUUUGGUGAAUUUGGAAACAUCAGUGAUAGAUUUCCCGGUCAUCCGGGCUCUGUAGAUUCGAUGGCUGUUCUUUCCGAUGAUGUUCUUUGUACAGGAUGUGAAGAUGGAAAAAUCCGAGUGGUCCAGUUAUUUCCUAACCGCUUUUUAGGAGUUUUAGGGGGACACAAAGGUUUUGCUGUUGAAGGACUCUCACUAUCUCACGACUCUUCUUUACUUGCCAGUUGUUCUUAUGAUCAGAAAGUCAAAUUUUGGGACUUGUCCAGUGUGAAUGAACUAAAAGAGCAAGAUGUAAAAGAAACUAAAAAGAAGCAUCAACAGGUUAAUAAACAAGUCAACAGCUUUUUUGAUGAUUUGUAAUUAUGUUUCAUGGACACUGGACUCAUUUGUAAAAAUUAGAAAUAUUAAAAGAGUUUUAAAAUAUA